AUAAGAUGCAAAACAGCAUAAAGCCUCUAGCCUAUCCGUAUCCAUCCACUGGCGUCGCUUUACUUGGAUCGACAUACGCGCGACUAAUCACACCAAGUGUUCGAAUUUUUUUUUGGCGCUUCUAGUCAUAUAGUGAUGCGCCAUCGGCAGAACGGUUCAGUGCUUCCUCGGUUCUGAACAGUGUCGGAUCGCUUUGGAACGUUUUGAAAAACUCUUUUUUCUGCAAGUCAUCAAUUACUCCGCUAGCCGUAAGAAAUGGCUUGCUUCAUAUGUCUCACCGUACUGUCGGUGGUUGCCUUCGUGGGCUUUAAAUUGUUGAGAACAUAUUUGCAGGGUGCUCAGUUCGAGAAGCCUACAACCUGUGAGGGAAAAGUAAUUCUGAUAACCGGUGCGAAUACCGGUAUCGGAAAGGAAACAGCCAAGGAUUUGCUGAAGCGAGGUGGAAAAGUCUACAUUGCGUGCCGGUCGCUGGAAAAGGCAAACCAAGCUAAAAGUGACCUAAUAUCAGAAACCAGUCAAACCAAUAUCCACGUACGAGAGUUGGAUCUUUGCUCGCUGGAAUCGGUGAGAAAUUUCGCUAAGAAAUUUCUAGCGGAAGAGUCACGGUUGGAUAUACUGAUCAACAAUGCCGGAGUUAUGGCCUGUCCGAAGGAACUCACUAAGGACGGAUUUGAGAUGCAGCUCGGCGUGAAUCAUUUGGGUCAUUUCCUGCUGACAAACCUACUGCUGGAUCGGUUGAAGGCUUCCGCUCCGAGUCGCAUAAUAAAUCUGUCAAGUCUCGCCCACUAUUACGGUAAAAUCAAUCGGAAGGACUUGAACAGCGAAAAAUCGUACAGCAAAAUCGGUGCCUACAACCAGAGCAAGCUGGCCAACGUUCUCUUUACAAAGGAGUUGGCCAAGCGUUUGGAAGGAACGGGCGUGACCACUUAUGCGGUUCACCCCGGUGCGGUCUACACAGAUUUACAGCGUCAUCUGGGGUCAUUAUUUUUCUUACUAGACACCACUUUGGUGAGAUCCAUUAUGCGUAUGAUGUUUAAAACCCCACGUUCUGGAGCGCAAACAACGAUCUACACCGCUCUGGACGAUGAAUUGGCUAAGGAAACCGGCAAAUAUUACGCCGACUGCCGUCAGGUGAAACCGGGUAAGGAGGCACGCAACGAGGAAACUGCCCGGUGGUUGUGGGACGCGAGCGAAAAAAUGACCGGACUGUCGAAAAAGUCCUCCUAGUUGUGAAAUAAUCGAAAACAAAAAUCGCGUAACAGGCUAGCACAUGCAUUUUGCUAUCUCAUUCUGAUUAUUUAAUACUGGAGUCGAGCGUGACCUUGAAUGGUGGAGGAGGAAUUUUGAAAUGCAGUAUGAGUCACGAUGAUGUAUUAAUAGUUUUUUAUUGAUGAAGAGUUUAGCACAACCAUCGGACUUGUUGUUGUCCGUGCUGGUGAAUAUUUGACCGACAUAUUUGACACUUUGUCGAUGUGAAUUAUUGAUGGAAUUCGGUUUCGCGUUUUCUAACAUUACAAUAACAAUAAUAG